UCAAUCUGGUACUAGUAGUAGUACUACAAGUCUACAAGUCAAGUCUCUAUCUCUCUAUUCAGUGCAUCUUGUCAGAUGCCUAAGUGCAGAUCAGUGAUAUUUAAUCCAACUUAAUCAGAUUGAUUAGCUUAAUUAUUUGACUUAUCACAUAAGACAUAGAAGAAGUUAUCUCUAUAAUCUCUUCCCCACAACACAACACAAACAAACUUCACAAACCUCAAAUUCCAUUUUCAUUUCAACACAAAAAAAAAACACCUCUUCCUUAAACCUUAAUCCAACACAAACAAAAUCCAACAACGAUGGUGUUCAAAGAAGCAGGUUCAUCUUCUUCCUAUUCACUCCCACCAUACCCAAGAGAAGACACCCCCCUUCUCACAAACUCACCCCCCCUUUCCUCCCAAUUCAAAACCUGCGCCAAUAUCUUCAUCGCCAUCGUCGGCGCCGGCGUUCUCGGCCUCCCAUACACCUUCAAAACAACCGGUUACGCCACCGGUUUAAUCAUGCUUUUCAUCGUCGCUUUUCUCACCUACCACUGCAUGUUACUCCUAGUCAACACUCGCCGGAAGCUAGAAUCAAUCAUGGGUUUCUCAAAAAUCAAAUCUUUCGGCGAUUUAGGGUUCUCCAUUUGUGGCCCAUUUGGUCGAUUUUCCGUUGAUGCCAUGAUUGUGCUUUCACAAGCUGGGUUUUGUGUUAGUUACCUUAUUUUCAUUGCUUCAACUUUAUCUUAUCUUGUCGCCGGUAACUCCACCGGAGAGACGAUACCGGUGUUUCUAGGUUUGACUCCUAAGGUUUUGUUCCUUUGGGGUUGUUUUCCUUUUCAAUUAGGGUUGAAUUCUAUUAAGACUUUGACUCAUUUAGCCCCUUUGAGUAUAUUUGCUGAUGCUGUUGAUAUUACUGCUAAGAGUGUUGUUAUGGUUGAAGAUGUUUUUGAAUUUAUGCAAAAUAGGCCUAAUUUGGAAGCUUUUAAGGGUUUUUCAGUCUUUUUCUAUGGUAUUGGUGUUGCUGUUUAUGCUUUUGAAGGUAUUGGAAUGGUUUUACCUUUGGAAAGUGAGACUAAAGAUAAGGAGAAAUUUGGUAGAGUUUUAGGUAUUGGAAUGGGUUUGAUUUCUGUGUUAUUUGGUGCUUUUGGUGCAUUAGGUUACUUUGCUUUUGGUGAAGAAACAAAGGAUAUUAUUACUAAUAAUUUAGGUCAAGGUUUGAUUAGUAUUGUGGUUCAAUUAGGACUUUGUAUUAAUUUGUUUAUUACUUUUCCUUUGAUGAUGAAUCCGGUUUAUGAAGUGUUUGAGAGAAGGUUUUAUGAUUCUAGGUAUUGUUUAUGGAUAAGGUGGCUGUUGGUUUUGAUUGUGAGUUUAGUGGCUCUUUUGGUGCCUAAUUUUGCUGAUUUUCUUUCACUUGUUGGAAGUAGUGUUUGUGUUGUUCUUGGAUUUGUGUUACCUGCUUUGUUUCAUUGUAUAGUUUUUAGGGAUGAGUUGGGUUGGAGAUGUUUGGUUUCAGAUGGGGCAAUUAUGGUUUUUGGGUUUGUCGUUGCUGUUACCGGAACUUAUACUUCUGUGUCAGAGAUUCUUUCUCCUAAGGCCUGAUUUGAUUUGGAAGAAGAAAAGUUUGAAAGAUGAAAUGUGCAAAUUUUCAGGUGUUUUUGAUGAGGGAAUCAUUGUUUAUAUGUUGCAUGCUGAAGGAUACUUGGUUGUUCCUUGAUGAAGAUUCUUGUUCCUUAUUAUUGAUUUUGGACAGGAAUUUCUUUUACUUGGGUCAUCAAUUGGAUUUGAUGCAGUUCUGAAGUUUUUUUUGUUGUCGAUUUCUACGAAUUCUUUGUUGGUGUAGUAUUUCUUUUAUUUUUCUGUAAAAAGUUGUAGCUCUAGUUUGUUGAAUAUUGAAGAAAUAAAGAAAAAGGGGACAUAUGCAAGUGUACCUUCAACAUUUUUGUAAGUUUGAGAAAUAUUACAUUUGUUUGUUGUUUGAAA